GCCCUGGUGCAUUGUGGGAAGGACUCCUGAGGUGGAACGCGAACCUGUGUGUGUCAGCACUCGAGUAACGCGAAAACAGCGGUUUUGGGGGCUUAUUUGGGACGGGAUAAGUUUAAGCUAUGGCACAGGGAACCUCCACUGCCCCACAGGUGCACGCCUCUACCCAGAAUGCCUUAGAACCCUUCCUGAUCCUGGCCAAAGGUGCGAAGGGGUCAGCAGCCGUGGCCCUCAUACAGCAGGUCACCGAGGCACCUGCUGUCUAUGUGUUCGGAGAUCUGCUGGAACUUCCCAACAUACAGGAGCUUUCAGAGGGUACCAAUUCAAAGUGGUGGAACUUGCUGAACUUGUUUGCCUAUGGUACAUAUGCAGAUUACAAAGCAAAUACAGACAACUUUCCUGAGCUGAGUGCAGCCCAGGUGAAGAAACUGAAGCACUUGACUGUGGUCUCACUAGCUGCUAAGUGCAAGUGCAUUCCUUAUUCAACUCUUCUGCAAGAACUGGAUAUGAAGAACCUGAGAGAACUAGAGGACCUAAUCAUAGAGACAGUUUAUGCUGACAUUAUUGGAGGCAAGCUGGACCAGAAGAACCAACAGCUAGAGGUGGACUAUGCCAUCGGCAGGGACAUCAGACCAGAGGCCAUCGAGGAAAUCGUCAACACAUUACAGGAAUGGUGUAAUGGAUGUGAGCAGGUAUUGGCAGGAAUAGAAACCCAGAUCAGCAGAGCCAACGGAUACAAGGAGCAGCAAGUCAAAAACAAGCAGCAGAUAGAAGCAGAGGUAGCUAACCUGAAGAAGACAAUAAAAGCAUCUCAAGAUGUAGAUCAGCACAUGCAGGCUGACAGUCAGGAGCCCACCCACGCUCCUCAGGAGAAACCUGCUCGCAAGUCCUCCAAAGUUAAAGGGCUCCGUGGGAGUGGAGGAAAGUUCUGGCAGAAGUCCAACUGAUGUCAGCACGCAGAGCAUCUCCCACUCGUUUAUACAAGAUCCAGUGGUCUUUAUAUCUAUUUCUUGUGUACAUAAUAUUUGUUGAAACAAAGUUUAAUGCAUAUUUUACAAGUUGAUAAGACAGUAUUCCUCAUGGUAUAAGAAUUUGUUGAAACACUAUCAUUUUUCUCUAUUCUUUACCAUACCAUUAAUGGUAAGUUUAGUAUGGAUCUAUGGAAAACCAAAUUUCAGGAAAUAGACAUUAUUUUUGUUUGCCUGAUUCAGAUUUUUGGUUCCUAUAUGGUCAGCCUGUUAGUUACUAUAUUGUUAGUGGUAGGUCCUCCCAUACAACAUUUUCUGACCAUGCCACAGUUUUGAGAAACGGGAAUGUUGACAGGAAAUACUUCAAGUAAAGGAACUCCACCACCACAGGCUUGCAUUUGGGGCUACAGCACAGCUCAAACCAGAUAGUCAGCCGAGGAACUAAGGCGUCCAGAAACACCUUAUAACAGUUAGCAACAAUUGAUUGGAGAAAAUUUCCAUAACAAUCCUCAUUGUUCAAGGCAGAAAACAAUGAUAUACCCACUACUCCCAAUACUUAAUGUACAUUCUAAUCUAACAGAAUAAAUCGGUUUCUGUGUGGCAUAUUUGUGAAUGUAACUGAAUUGCUGCUGAGUUUUUUUUGUCAAAUUUUUCGUUCCAUUGUUUAUACAAAAAGUUUUGACACAAUAAAUCUGCGGUAGCUUUCACCACAUAAACUCUCUUUAUUGCUCAGCACACACUUCCCCUAUGGAAGGCAAAUAUAUUAGCGCAAAAUACAAAUGUAGAAGCACAAUCUACCACCACAAUAUAAAAAUGUCAAACUAAAACACUUCUUUAACUUCACCAUGACAUUAUAGAUGGAAUCAUAUUGCACAAUGUACAAAAAAAGUAAUGGUUUUGUAAAUUCGUUGGUGUGUAUGGUAUAGUACAAAGCUUCAACACUCUACCAUUUAGCAACAACUCCUUAAAAUUCAGCACUGCAAAAAGCAGCAUCAUAUUACAUAAAGCAUGGUGUUAGAAUUAUGGAAAGUUUUCUCAAGUC